AUGAUUGGUAGACGCAGGCAACUGUUCGAGGAAUCCUGUGGCACGGUUGCUCUUACUUCUGAGGACUACCAGCGCAUUCUCUGGUUCCUCAAGCACGGCAAGGAGUGCAUGCGCAGUGAUUACAUCGCGGUGAAGACGGUGCCCUGGCAUGAGGAGGAUGUUACUUUGGAGGGCAGAAAAUUCAUCAAGACGACGUUUCGUGGCUUUGACGUCUUCCAGGAGUUAGUCCUCCAGAGUGUGGAGGAGCCUCCUGACAAGAAGAAGGUCAAGAAGAGACAGGUUUAUCGACAUCCCCGCGAGUACUUAGAGUCGCAAGCGGCCUCGACGCUGAAAGAGAUGUUCCCUGAUCGUGUGUCAUCUUCAACACAUCCCAAAGCCUACGAGAAGUAUGUGGAGGGUUGGGGCAUCGUCAUGUACCACCCGCCUGGCUGGUCACUGAAGUUCAAGAAGCACCUCCGAUACAUCAGUGCAGAUGACGUCGAAGGUGCUUAUGCGGAGUCGUUGGGAUUGCCAGCCGGCACUGUCACGCAAAACACCGUCGUGAAUGGUAGUGUG